UGAAAGUGAUGUAUCAUGUAUAUUUUAUUUACUGACGUGACUCACAGCUAAAAUCAACCACUUUCAUCAGUUAAUUCGCUUAUUUGAAAACGUAUUUGGAAUCAUAACAGAAAUUCAAUACAUAAUGUUCCUUUGAAAAAUGACUGUAAACAAUGACACAAUAUUCAUUUUCUAUAACUUAAUCCAUCAAAAUAAUUUCAAUAAUUGCAACAGUGUUAAACAAAGUGUUAUUUUUUUAUAUAAAAACCUGAAUUGUAGCUGCAUUCUAGAAACACAAACGAUGUGUGCCUUUUGCUUAGCACAACAUAAAUAAAUGUUUUUCCUUCCAAAAGUAACUGAUCCAGGCUGUUCUCUGGCAACCAGAAACGUGUGAGCUGAGUGCUGAUAGCCCUCCAUAGGCGCUUUCUGUUUCAGCGCCCCAGUUUUUUCCAGUACCAGAGACCUUCAUACAUCAGUUUGAUUCACAUCAAGGCAAAGAGAGAAUCAAGAAGGAUAUCCAGCAUUUCUCCUCUUCGAUGAGCACAGGCCACUUCAGGACACAAGUUACAUGAUGGAAAAACACAGAUUCAUCUUGUCUUGAACAAUGUGGCUGGAAGCUUGAAUAUAAGAUUUGGAAAUCCAAAGCUUGGCAGGGUGUUUAACAAAUACCUGGAGCAUCGACAGGACUGGCUGAAGUUACACGAAGUUUUCUUAAAAAUGGGCUUGCUACAUCUUGCUCCACUGACUUGUCUGCUCUUAAUGAUCUGCUGUAGUCAUGGUGGAAAUGUCCUUGUGUUCCCCGAGGACGGAAGCCACUGGGUAAACAUGCAGGUCAUUCUUAGAAAGCUCCACACAAAUGGGCAUAGCAUUACUGUGGUGAGAUCAUCCAAAAGUUGGUACAUCCAAGAGAGUUCUCCUAUCUACAGAGCCAUCACUGUCAACCCCAUGGAAACAGAAGACGUUGGAGCUGAUUUCUUCAAGAUACUAUUAGAGAGGUCACUAGCAUUACAGAGGAUGUCACCCUUCGUUCGGUUUUUUGAACAGCAGAAAGAUAUAACCAACACUUUAAAGGUAUUUCACAAGGGAGCGCUUCAAAUGAUUUCUGCUAUAUUGGAUGAUGCAACACUUGUUAAGCGUUUGCGCGAUGCUAACUUUGACCUGCUGCUAACAGACCCUGCUUUCCCUGCUGGAGUCCUGUUAGCCAAGUUUCUCGACCUUCCCAUGAUUUAUAACGUGCGCUGGCUAAAUGCAGGGGAUGCUCACAUGGCAAUUGCUCCAUCGCCCCCAUCCUUCGUUCCAAUGUAUAACUCGUUGCACAGCGACCGAAUGAACUUCCUGCAGAGAACGGAAAACUUCCUGAGGUAUCUGGUCAGCCGUCUUCAGGAGUACUGCAUCAUUGUGCCCAUUUACAGUGACAUGCUUGACCGUCAUUUCCCACCAGGCUCAGAUCUUCUCAAAAUGCAGCAGUCGGCUGACAUUUGGCUUGUGAGAGUGGACUUUGUUUUUGAGUUUCCACGGCCCACCAUGCCUAACGUGGUCUACAUGGGCGGAUUUCAAUGUCGGCCGGCGCAACCACUUCCUGCGGAGCUUGAAGAAUUCAUGCAGAGCUCUGGAGAGCACGGAGUUGUGAUGAUGUCACUGGGAGCUGCGGUUGGUGCACUUCCUACAGAGAUCAAUGAAAUCAUUGCUACUGCCUUCGCUAAGAUCCCUCAGAAAGUCGUGUGGAGGUACCACGGAGAUCCGCCUUCGUCUCUGGGAAACAACACUCUUCUUCUAGAAUGGUUUCCACAGAAUGAUCUCCUUGGUCAUCCGAAGACCCAAAUGUUUGUAUCUCAUGGGGGUACUAACGGUAUCUACGAGGCUAUUUACCAUGGAGUCCCUGUCUUAGCUUUACCCCUCCUCUUUGAUCAGUUUGACAAUGUUAUGCGACUCCAGGUUCGAGGUGGAGCCCACGUGCUUCAAGCUGCAACGCUGACCGAACCAGAAUUCCUCAAAGCCCUCAAAGAUGUUCUUGAGAACCCAAUGUACAGAAAUAGCAUGCAGAAACUGUCAGAGCUGCAUCGUGAUCUGCCCUUGUCUCCUCUCGAUACUGCCACUUUUUGGAUCGAGUAUGUAAUGAGACACAAGGGAGCAGCACAUCUUCGCUCAAAGGGUGUUAACAUGCCGUGGUACUCUUACCACAGCAUUGAUGUUGUAGCAGUUCUACUGUUAUUUCCAUUGAUUGCUCUUUGGGCCUCAAUUUAUGUAUGCAAGCUUUUGUGUUGCAGCAAGUCUGUCAAAAAGAGGAAGGUGGACUGAAAUAAGCUGCAUUUUGUUAUACAUUUGUUACUCAUUAACACUCAGUUUAAAUAUAUGGCAUAUGCUAAGUGUCAUAUAUAUGCCCUUUAUAUGUUCCUGUAGCUUAAGGGGUAAAGCAUGGCGUUUGCAAUGCCAAGGUCAUUAUGAUGCUGUUCUAAUAUAGACAGACAGACAGACAGACAGACAGACAGACAGACAGAUAUGGGUUAAAGCAUCUGUCAAAAGCAUGAAAAUGUACAAAAAAAAGUGGGUAAAGCACUGAAUUUCAAUAACUUUAACUCUUUCCCUGCCACUGACUAGUUAUCUCGGUAAUUAAAACGUCCGUAACACACGCUGUUUCUGUGUAUCUAAUGUUAAUCUGGAGUACCUACAGCGUAGUAUUACAUCCUUCAUAUCUCCAAAUAAUCUUCAGUUUAAUCCGAUUCAUAAAAGACAGAUUAGCUUUACCAAUUAUUUCCGAUAACGUAGACAAACUGUAUCCAUAAUGCUUACUUUCUUCUCCUUACAUCCAAAAACACACUUCUUCUUUCGUGCCAUUGUUGAGUCUUGAUAUAAAACAAAGCUGUCACAUGAAGUGAUGCCUGUGACUUAGCGUCCUGAGGGUUUUCGUUCUCCCGCUGAUUGGCAUGUGGGCAUGGUUUUCCAGGGGAAGUGCCCAUAAAAAGAAUUGAUACAUAUAGCUUACCCCUGAAACAUCAGCUGGACCCGUAAUCGAACAAACUUUCCGACACUUGUACGAACCCUGGCGAAGUGCAUUUGGCACAGAAAUGCUCUGUACAUCCAACUGCUUUUUUGACACUUUGCAUUUGUUUAGCAUGAGGAAACCAACUUCAGCUGUGUUAAAAAGUCAGAAUGCAUGAAAUACCGUUGACCCCCCCCCCCAAGAUGAAUUUUACGACAUAUUUACGCUAUUAUCCACUGGGUGAUGCUCUUACCCAGCUUAUAAAACACUGAAGCAUCACUGAUCCAAAAACAGUAAAAUCUUUGUGUAUAUUUUGAUCAUCGUUCUAAAACUGAUCAAAAAUUCAAUUAUUUAAGGUUUUUGCUCAAAAUUUGAUAUUUUUGAAGAAGCCUACCCAUAUUUGAGAGAUGAGCAAAUGAAGAUAGGAUGAAACCUUUUUUUUAAAAAGCAGACGGUCUGUUCUUUCAGUAAGGAAUAAUUUACGACGGGCCAUUGAAUUAUAAGAAAAUAAUGUACACCAAGGUGGUAAUGCGUACACCGCGGGACUUCAUUAUGUUUAAUUAAUAAAAAUGACCGGAGUCAAUUAUUCUCCUUAUACCACGGUAACCAAAAAUAUGCUCUAGUGCCUAUUUUUAAGACAUUUUAAAGGUUAGGUGUGCAGUUAUUGAAAAAUAAUCAACACCCAUGGAACAUUUCUCAGCCAAUCAGAAUCAAGCAUUUAACAACCCCGUGAUAUAAUUUGAUAUAUUGUUUCUUUAUUUAAAGAAGAAAAUUGUCUGGAAGGCAUUAAACUUUUGUGAAAAUCAUUAAAAAUGCUGGUGCUGGCUGGCAACUUUUGUUGAAAAAUGCUGGCAAGGAAAGAGUUAAAGAUGAUGUGUGUUAUUAAAAAAAUUAUAAAAAUAGGCUAUGCUAACUUUAAACCUACAGUAAGUUCUUUCAUUUUUAAUAGAUGGUUUCAUUAUAAUGAAAUUUUCAAAUAUAUUUGGUGUGAUCUCUUUUUUUACAACUCCAAAUAAGGUACAAUAUUUCUGAGUUUAUGAUUAUGACUACUGUCACGCUUUCUAUCUGUCCUCCAGUUCUGUUCCCCAUAUAUUCGCCUUUUGCCUCCCUCUAGACUCCAUUUCCCAUUAUCCUCCACCUGUCUCUGCCCUCUGCCAGCGAUCAUCAUCAUCACCUCCACUUCAUUUAAGAUCUCCUGUUUCUCUUCAGUAUUUGUCUAUUUUUAGUCUUAUACAUUUGUCUUAUGUUGUCGUAUUUAGUGUGUGUCUCAUGCCUAUUCUAGUAUUAUUGCAAUUAAAGUUUAUGAUAAAAGUCUUGA